AUGGAUCAAUGGAUUAGUGAAGGCCUUUCAAGAAUCCUGAACUUUGAAGUUCCGGAUGAUCUUAUAAAGUAUAUUAAUUCCAUCGAGAAUGAAUCAGAUUUAAAUGAAUACAUGAAAACUCUACUAGAUUUUGAUAAUUCACAACAUAAGUCAUUUUUUGUAGAACUAUGUAAGAGAAAGUUUCCCAAUAAAGGUAAUUCACUAACAAAACAGCAGAAGAAAAAGAUUUCGAAAAACAAACAGCAGCAAGAUUUUGUCAGUGCUGAAGUGCAACCAUCCCAAACGUCGGAAUCAGAGGCCAAAUCAAAAAAGAAGACCAAGUAUGUCAACUUGUAUUCACAGGAGGGCAAAAACGCUCAGGUUGUUUUGUUAAAAGGUUUACAUCACUGCGAUUGCCAAGCAUCAAAGCACGAGCUAAUCAACAAUUGUCUGCAAUGUGGGCGUGUAGUUUGCAAACAGGAGGGCUCCGGGCCUUGCUUGUUUUGCGGGAAUCUUGUAUGUACACCGCAAGAGCAAAAAGAAAUCAAUGCGAAAACAAAGGCAAGCGCUAAGCUCAUGGAGUCUUUGAUGGAGAGAAGCAGGCCGAAAGGAUGGGAGGCUGCCAUUUCACACAGGAACAGGUUGCUAGAGUAUGACCGGACUAGUGAACGUCGUACACGCGUGACGGACGACGAUAGUGAUUACUUCAGUGCGGGUAGCGUUUGGCUCAGCGCCAGUGAAAGGGAGAAGCUCCAGAAGUACCAGCAGUCGCUGCAUGAGAAGAAGCAUGCUUCAAGAUUGAACAAGAAGAUGACUUUUGACUUUGCUGGUCGUCAAGUGAUAGAAGACAAAACAAUAGAACACGAGGUGGAUGAGGAGAAAGUGAGGCAGAUGACAGGUGGAAACAGAACCAACGCAAGCGGACUGUUCCUGAGUCAUGACCUGUUGUCAGAUACGUCCACUGAUCGGGACGUAGCACCUGGCGUUAACGCUCCGCUUCUGCAGUUUGAUGAAUCGGUUGAGAGACAUGGCUACUCUUCGGUGGUCAAAGGAAUAGGCAACUCGCCACUUAGCCGCGUGCAGGAUGCAGAACUGCAGGAGAUGAGCGACACCGGUCGCUGCCUUUCAAUGCAUCAACCUUGGGCUUCCUUGCUCGUUGAAGGCAUCAAGAUGCACGAAGGUCGUACAUGGUAUACGAACCACCGCGGCAGGUUGUGGAUCGCGUCGACGGUGAAACCUCCAGAUCAUAAUGUCGUUCGAGCCUUGGAGAACCAGUACAGAGUGCUCUAUCCAGAUAAACAAUUUAAGUUUCCUUCGUUUUACCCGACGGGCUGUCUGCUCGGCUGUGUGAACGUAGACGAUUGUCUGCCGCAGGAGGAGUAUCAGAAAAUGUAUCCAGAUGGUGAAAGCGACAGUCCAUACGUCUUCAUCUGCUCAAACCCCGUCAGUUUGAGGCUUCGAUUUCCUAUCAAGGGUCAACACAAAAUAUACACUCUAGACAAGACAAUUCACCAAGCAGCCGUAAAAUGCCUUCAAAAGAUGUCAAAAAUACAAGCCGAAGAAGCUAACGCUGCUUGA